UGUUUGCUGUUGUGAGCACUACUAAUAAGGUUUCUAUAAAAUGGGUUUAUGUGAAACGAAAUACGCUGGUCUAACCGAAAAUAUUUUAGAAGACUAUGCAUCUUUGACCUAUCUGACUAAAGGAGAAAUUUUACAUUUAAUGAAAAAGUUCUAUUCGAUCGAUCCCGAGAAAAUAGCUGCGAAUUUUUCCCACAGAAUAAAAAAGGAGGAUAUUAUUAAUAAGUUCGGUGUUUUAAAGAAUAAUCCGUUUCAAGAUCGUCUGUUUCGAGUGUUUUCUUCUGAGAAUGACGAUUGCUUUUCGUUUGAGGAUUUACUUGAUCUCUGCUCUGCUAUGAGUUCCGAUUGUCCGACAGAAGUCAAAGCUGCUUGGGCUUUUAAAGUAUUUGAUAUUGAUGAAGAUAAUCAAAUAUCAGUACAAGACAUAUGCAAUAUUUUGGACCGUUUGACACGGGAUCCUCAUAACCGUGCAAACUAUCUAGACACAGAGUCUAAAUUAAAAAUAGCUAAAGUGAUAUUAGAAGAAAUUAAUCUAGACAGAAGCGGUAGUAUCGGUCUAAACGAAUUCAAGCUAAUUCUCUUAAGAUUACCUGAAUUUUCGUCAUCGUUUUAUUUCAGGUUGUAAGGUCUUGAAAAUAGUAGUUAAUGUAUCAAAAACAAAUUAUAUCACUGAAAUAAGAAGUACAGAAUAUCAUAGUUUGUAUUAACAAAAAGAUAUCAAGCAUUCGCCAGAAUUGUCUUCAUUAAUUGGAUUCUUGUUUAUCAGAAUACUUAAUUUUGAUUCUAAUCAGGUAUAAUAUAUAUCACUUGAGUGUAUUAUAAGUGCUCGUUUUAUUUUUAUUAUCAUACAACAGAUAACGCUCACAGUGUUUACUAUAUAUGCGGUUAUAUAUG